CACAAGGCUGUCAACUAUGGGGCGAAUUACGGCAUUGGGUAUAAUAGCAUUGGUAGCGUCAGCGGCGGCGGCCCCAGCGCCCCAGUAUUGUCCGUGUCUUCCUCCCCCGCCCUGUCCGUGCCCCUCACCCUGUCCCCCGCCCGUACCACCACCCUGCCCAUGUGACCCCUGCGCCCCACCACCGUCUCCGUGCGGCGACGGCCCAAUCAAGGUACUGUUGCAGAAGAACAAUGUCGCUGAACGUCUGACAGGAGCAGGUUUCCAAGCGAUCCCUGUACCUGGGGGCACCUUCUUCAUCAGCGCCUCCCCAGACGUGAUCAUCCAGCCUCCUCCGAUCCUGGUGCGACCACCACAACAGGGACCGAUCACACCACCAGCUCUGUCGGUGCAAGCACCAACUGUGGCGCCUGUGACACCUCCACCAAUCUGCGUCAGGCCUCCUCCUCUACCCCCAAUAACUCCCCCACCUGUUCUCGCUCGUCCAGGACCUGUGCCCUGCGUGCAACCUCCUCCACUAGUAGUGAGAGUGCCCAAACCAGCUCCGAUUCAACCAGCGCCGAUCAGUGUGACCCAACCCCGUCCCCCACCAAUUAACCCUCCCCAGAUCUGUGUAAGGCCACAUAAGCCCCAGAAUAUUCAGCCACCGACUAUUUGUGUAUCGACCUGUUCGCUGCUCCAAGGCCAAGGAGGUCAAGGUGGGCUAGGAGGUUUGGGAGGACUGCUUGGUGGAGGAGGACUGAUUGGCGGAGGAGGAUCGUGCUCAUCGCCUUGUCCUUGCCCUUGCCCAUGUCCAUGCCCGUGCCCUUGCGAGCCUCCGCCGCCCCCACCCUGCGGCUGCCCCUGUGAGGCGCCUCCACCCUGCGCAUGUGAACCUGCACCCUGCCCAUGUGAACCAUCGCCCUGCCCAUGCUAAACUCUAAACCAUAUUCGGACUUAUUUCCAUUUCACAUCUACAUUUACUGGUUAUAACUGUAGUUAAUAACAGUAUGACGUUUUCUGGACUAGUGGCGACACCUGCUCAAGAAGCAAAAAUCUGACAGAUAUCGUUAUGUCACCGUUUUGACAGUUGACGUCAGAUGUGACAGGACAUUUUUUUGUUGAUGAUUUUUGCAUAGGUUACCAUCUUUUGUAUCAACUGAGAACGCAGAAUAUCUGGUGUUUUGACAGUAAACGUCAGCGUUUCAUAUGAAUACCUUUGAGAAAUAACCCAGUAUAAUGUAUGGCAGUUUUAUUUUUCUUGUUUUUUUAGUGAAAUAAGUCCAGGAUUUUUAUUGUUAGUAUGUAUUAAAGAUCUCUUCAAGUUUUUACAACGAUAAUGGCAUGUUUUAUGGAAUAUAUAUCAAUAUUAUCUACUGUUACAAAUGCCCGUAUGAGUUUCAAAUGUGUGUGUGUCUUUUACAAAUGUAUAUUUAAGUAUUUUUAUGUAUUUUUAUCAUAUUAACAAUGAUUAUACGCAUAUGUAUCUUA